AUGAAUAUACAAGUAAAUCAAGUUGUGGAGUUCGUGAUCUUGCCUCCUUGUGCUUAUAAAGUUGGUAUUGAUGCACCUGGAAAGGGCUUAAUUAUAGGCGUAAACUAUGUUACAAUGUGUGCAAUUCUGGAGAGUGAAACAAUGAACUGGAAAACUGCUAAAGUUUUAAGGUUACCAAGUCAUAGUGGGGUUAAUCAGCUAGGCGGGAUGUACGUGAACGGACGACCGUUACCAGACUCGACCCGUCAGAAGAUCGUAGAGCUGGCCCACAGUGGUGCCAGGCCUUGUGAUAUCUCCCGUAUACUCCAAGUAUCGAAUGGCUGUGUCUCCAAGAUACUGGGACGUUACUAUGAGACAGGCUCCAUCAAGCCCCGGACUAUUGGUGGCAGUAAGCCUCGUGUGGCUACUGCAGCUGUAGUGAAUAGGAUAGCCGACUACAAGCGGGAGUGCCCUUCCAUCUUUGCCUGGGAAAUGCGAGACCGACUUUUGGCGGACGGAGUGUGUAACAGUGAAAACAUUCCAAGUGUUUCUUCAAUCAAUAGAGUUUUAAGGAACCUUUCGGCUCAGAAGGACCAUCACCAAUCUUCUCCUCAAGUUCCCAUGACUGGGCCAGAGUCGGUUUACGACAAAUUACGGAUGUUAAACGGUGCCCAGCCGUGGCCAUGGUACCCAACAGGCACAUCUCAUCAUUUUCACGGCGUACCUCCGCCCUCAUCACCGGUUACGUUGGGUCCCAAUACCGGACUCGGCGGAUCUGUUCCAAUCGUAAACGGUCACUCAAGUCUAGGCUCAUGUGACAGUCAUCGCCAUGAUCACAUGAGUGUCACCAAGAAAGAUUCGAUAGACGCGACAUCUGAUGGAAAUUCUGAAAACAAUUCCUCUGCAGACGAGGACUCACAGUUGCGAAUGCGCCUAAAACGAAAACUACAAAGAAAUCGAACAUCUUUCACAAACGAACAAAUCGAAGCUUUAGAAAAAGAAUUUGAAAGAACGCACUAUCCAGAUGUUUUUGCAAGAGAGAGAUUAGCUGAAAAGAUAUCUCUUCCAGAAGCUCGUAUCCAGGUAUGGUUUUCGAACCGCCGCGCCAAAUGGCGGCGAGAAGAAAAGCUUCGUAACCAAAGACGAGUGAUUGAACAACCGGCUUGUACGUCUAUGCUAUCGCCACCUAACGGACGACUACCAAUUAAUGGAUCCUUCUAUAAUUCCAUGUAUCCUUCGCUAGCACAACCUUUGGGUGGGAUGGGAGAUUCCUAUAGUGUUCCUCCAGCGUCUAGCGUGGCGUCGAAUCAUUGUCUUCAGCAGCGUGAUCCUUCUUCCUAUACCUACAUGUUCCAUGAUCAGCUCACUUUAGGAUCAUAUUCUCGACCUUCUUGUACACCCAGUCAGCCAAUUAAUGGACACGCAUCUUAUUCUGUUAGCGCGAGCAGUCCACAUGGAGCAGGGGUAAUUUCUCCAGGCGUAACCGUUCCUCUUCAGGUUCCAAGCCAAGGUCCUGAUCUUUCAAUGGCUACUAAUUACUGGCACCGUAUACAGUGACAACAACCUUAUAAUAAAGGAUACUAUCAAUUGUCUGAUGGUGGAUUAAAAUCUUGUUCCGUGGAGGUGUUUAGAGAUUUGAAGCACGUUAGAUGAAUCGACCCUUAAAAUUAUAUGCAGGGAAUGGUAGUAUCUAUUAGUGUGAUUCUUCAACAGGCAAAAAAAAAGUGUAAUUAAAACUUGAAUACCGGAAAGUGUCUUAAGAUUUGAAGUCACGUUCCAGCAUGGCGUUCAUUCAUUAUGUUAAUAGUUUUUGAUUUGAACUGUACUUCAUAGGCGAACUCAUACCAAGUUCGAGUCUUAUUACUGAAUACUUGAGGUCUGGAAAAUACAAUGUUUUCACGAAUUAGCCUUACGUUACAAGAAACAAUAAAUUUCUUGAAUGUUUUGACAAUAUAGUAUAGCUUUGAUCUUAUUGCCGGAAAGUGUCUUAAGAUUUGAAGCUUGGAUACAGAAUCGUUCUUAUGAAUUAACAGUCCACAGUCACUGGUAUUGUGGUAGCUUUGGCCAGUUUUGGAAUAAUAAUUUAGUGAAAUUUGUCUUCACUAUCUGAGCGUAUCCUGAACUGUGAAGAUUCCAAUAUAAAUUAGUAGAUAAAGACAUCACUUGAAUGUUAGGAGUUUGACUAAAGCUUUGUGACCAGAAAAGAAUGGUAAUUCAAUGGUUAUUAUUGUUGUUUCUCGCACCUGUCCCAACGAAAUGGUUCCGCAAUACUAAUCACAGUGAGUGUGUCUUCUGGAUUUUCUACACAUUUUGAAGAAAUAAAGUGAAAAACGCACUAUCAUGAUCGAUCAGGGAUGGCAGUGUUCAUGUAUAACCGAUCAAGGAUGGCACUGUUCCCGAUAAGUCAUGUGUAACCGAUCAAGGAUGGCACUGUUCCCGAUAAGUCAUGUAUAGAUCAAGGAUGGCACUGUUCUCGAGAAGUCAUGUUUAACCGAUCAAGGAUGGUACUGUUCUCGAGAAGUCAUGUGUAACCGAUCAAGGAUGGCACUGUUCUCGAGAAGUCAUGUGUAACCGAUCAAGGAUGGUACUGUUCUCGAGAAGUCAUGUGUAACCGAUCAAGGAUGGCACUGUUCUCGAGAAGUCAUGUUUAACCGAUCAAGGAUGGUACUGUUCUCGAGAAUUCAUGUGUAACCGAUCAAGGAUGGUACUGUUCUCGAGAAGUCAUGUGUAACCGAUCAAGGAUGGCACUGUUCUCGAUAAGUCAUGGAUAUAGUUAAAGUUAUCUAAUUGCAUGCUACGGUGUUUAAUUCUAAUAAUCUCCCUCAUAAGCUCAAUAAAAUAUUAAAGUUGUAACAAUAGAUAUGUGAUUGUACUUUAACACACUUAGUAGAAUGAGGUGUAAACCUAAACAUUUAUCUGGUAAACCAUAGCUGUAAAAAUUUUAUCUGGAUUUGUAAUAGAUUGAAUGAGAUCCAGUUUAAAGCACGGAAUUUAGUGGUCAUUAUCAGGUCACAGGAGAGUUCUAUAAUUCCUUGCAUGAUCUUUAAGACGAAUAUAUCCACUUUUGUGGUAAAUGGUUUAAAGAUCUUUGCUUAUUUCCAUACAUACCAUACUUGGCUGUCUCCAUUAUAUAUUGAAAACUUUAGGAAAGCUAUUAUUGAAUUAUGAAGUGAAAACAUUACCAUCCCAUUUUAUGAUGAUUUUCUUUCUUUUUUUUUGAGUCGUAAUCUCAGAAAAUAUUUGUUAUCAAAAGUGAAAAUAUAAUGAUUAUAUAAUUGCUGUAAACAACGGAUAUUCGUUUUUUUUCUGUAAAACAGUAAAAAUGCGUCCUCUGACUGGCAAAACUACUAAAAAUUCUUAAUAAUACAUACUAUGCUAAAUUAAUAUAUACUAGUUCAAUGAAAUUUUGUUUUCACAUAAAUAUUUUUGUUAUUAUCUAGCGCAAUUGAUUGGUUGUGUUUACACAAAUAUUGUCACAUGGUUAUGUAAAAAUCACGUCUUCGUACAGGUUUAAAUAAUCUUGAAGUAGUUUUUUGGUCUUUUGCCACAUUUUUUCCCCCCUUAAAACACUUUUUUGCAUACUUUACACAUAUUAUCAUCGAAAAAUUAUUAUCUCGAUUUUAAAGUCAAGUAUUUUUGACUAAAAUAUAAGACUGAUAUUGAUUACGACUUCUUCCAUCUGUAUCCAUUUAAGACAUAGAUUAUCCUGUAGAUGCCGAAUAAUAAAGUUGCUCGCGUAGCACAUAAACUGCACAUAAUUUCCUCUUUGGUGUUAAAAUAUCACACUGAAAUUCAUCAGAGACAAAAUUUAGUACAAAUUACAGAUCAUAAAGUGUUCAUCCCUAAAGGUUUUUUUUUUUACUUGCUCGAUGUGUGCUUAUAUGUAAUUUGACAGCCAUCUCCAGUAGUCCUAAAUAGCUCUAUAAACGAUCACAUCCUAAAUGUACAUAUAUAUACGUAGCAGUAAUAUCAAUUGUGUACUGGCUGUAUAGGAUUUUGGUCAAGGGUUAUUAGAAUGUAUGUAUUGCAGGCUGUGUUGUAUUAUAGUUGC